AUGGAAGUGACGUCGUUUUACAUACCAAACUACCCACGAGCAAAUAAUGUGAAGUUCAUAACGGUUAUGAUCUAUCGCAUGUAUCCGGAGUAUACGAUCGAAUUUCGCGAGGUUAUGCUGCAUGCUAGACCCCGUCCAGCAGAACAAUCGCGGACCUCAACUUCUACAGAACCCAGUGCUGCUAAACCACAUGCAGAACACCCUCAAUCUUCAACGUCUACCACUUUAACUACUGCUGAAUCGCAGAAGGAGCAGACGCAAGCUCCAAAGGGUACUUCGCCCGAGCAGGCCAAGGAACGGGAGAGUGAGCAUAGGGAUGAUGGUCACUUUGAGCACAUGGAGCCGGCUACGUAG